AAGCUUGGUAUCGUGGCUGUGAGUAAUUCUUUGCCACAAGACAUCACAUGUUUGGCAGCAGACCGCAUGUUGAUAUUUGCUUCAUAUGACAACGUUCUUCAUGCUUUUGCCAGGAACAAAGAGGUGGUUCAUACCUAUGAAGGUCACAAGGCAACGAUACACCUUCUGCAGCCUUUUGGUGAUCAUGUCAUCUCUGUGGAUGUCGAUAAUGUUCUUAUUGUUUGGAAUAUACAAUUAGAAGAGGAAUAUCUUCGACUGGAUUUUGAUAAGGCCACUUUUGCGAUUUCUGCAGUUCUGCAUCCUAGCACCUAUUUGAAUAAAAUUCUCCUUGGAAGUGAACAGGGGAGCUUGCAGCUGUGGAAUAUAAGAUCCAACAAACUCUUAUACUCCUUUCCAGGAUGGCGCUUUGCAGUCACAGCUCUUGAACAAGCUCCAGCAGUGGAUGUUGUUGCAGUUGGCCUUGCCUCUGGUCAUAUCAUUGUACAUAAUAUUAAGUUUGAUGAAACUCUCAUGAAAUUUCAGCAAGACUGGGGUCCUAUCACAGCAAUAUCUUUUCGUACAGAUGGACAGCCAGUAAUGGCAGCUGGUAGCCCAGUUGGGCACAUUGGUUUGUGGGAUCUGGAAGAGAAGAAAGUAAUGUGUCAGAUGCAAGAUGCCCACUCCACAGCAAUAGCUGGCAUGUCAUUUGUCCCUGGAGAGCCACUUCUAAUUACUAACGGUGCUGAUAACGCUAUACGGGUGUGGAUUUUUGAUGGACCUGGUGGUACAGGACGUGUAUUGAGAAGCCGAAUGGGACAUAGUGCACCACCAACAAAAAUCAGAUACCAUGGGCAAAAUGGAGAGCAAAUUCUUAGUGCAGGUCAAGAUGGAACAUUGCAGUCUUUUUCAACAGUGCAUGAAAAGUUCAAUAAAAGUUUAGGACGUGGUUCAAUUAACAAAAAGAAGUCAAAAAAGAAAGGUCUUAAGCUUGAUACCAUGGCACUUCCACCAAUUACAGUCUUUGCUUCAGAAGUGGCUCAUCAGAGUGACUGGGAUAGUAUUGUUGCCUGCCAUCAAGGGUAUAUAACCUGUACAACCUGGAACUAUCAGAAAUCUUCCAUGGGAGCUCAUAAGCUGAGUCCAGAAGAAUUUAGCAAACACAAGCCCAUCGAGAUAUAUGCAACAGCAGUUGACAUUACCUCAUGUGGGAACUUUGCUGUAAUUGGGCUGUCGACUGGACGGGUAGACGUGUAUAACAUGCAGUCUGGCAUUCACAGAGGACGUUAUGGCAAAGAAAAAG